AUGACGUUCUACGCAAUACUGAAUCCAAGACAGCUCGAUUGGAAACAGUACAACGGUACUGGAGUUAUAAUUAUAUCGCCUACUCGUGAAUUGUCCAUGCAAACCUAUGGGGUGCUCACAGAGUUGCUGGAGGGAACAAAUCUUAGCCAUGGUUUGGUGAUGGGAGGAUCGAAUAGAAGUGCUGAGCAGGAAAAACUGGCAAAGGGCGUGGCUGUAUUAGUGGCAACCCCUGGUCGCCUGUUGGAUCACCUGCAGAACACGGAGACGUUCUUAGUGAAAAACAUGAAAUGCCUUGUGAUUGACGAAGCUGAUCGGAUUCUCGAUAUUGGCUUUGAGCUAGAAAUGCAACAGGUCUGUUAA